UUGACAAGAUCACAGUUUUUUCCUCCUGCGAGGAUCAUUUGCUGUGAGGGUGAGAGCUGCCUUGAAACUCCAGCCUGAUUUCUCUCUCCAGGUCUGAGCAGUAGCAAACAGUCAUCAGGAUGUCAGAUUUAAAGGAGCUAUGCAGCGGUUUACCUCUGGACCCUUUGCCACCUAACCGGGGGAGAGAUCCCAAUGUGCCACAUGCACCCAUCCGCACCCCGAACCUCACAGCAGAGGAGGAGCGGUUGGCGUUGAGAAAUGCGCUGCGUUACUUUCCUCCCACUCACCACGCAACUCUCGCACCUGAAUUUGCUCAAGAGCUGCGGCAGUAUGGACACAUCUACAUGUACCGCUUCUGCCCCACGUUACGCAUGAGGGCGUACCCCAUAGAUCAGUACCCGUGCCGCACACGUCAGGCAGCCUCUAUAAUGUUGAUGGUCAUGAACAACCUGGACCCAGCUGUAGCUCAGUUUCCCCAGGAGCUCGUCACCUAUGGAGGCAACGGACAGGUGUUUAGUAACUGGGCCCAGUUCUGCAUCGUGUUGCAUUACCUGAGCGAGAUGACAGAGGAGCAAACUCUCGUCAUGUACAGCGGUCACCCCAUGGGCCUGUUUCCCAGCCUGCCCUCGUCACCUCGAGCCAUCAUCACCAACGGCAUGGUUGUUCCAAAUUACUCCUCCAGAGACCAGUAUGAGAAGAUGUUUGCUCUCGGAGUUUCAAUGUAUGGUCAAAUGACAGCAGGCAGCUACUGCUACAUUGGACCUCAAGGGAUCGUUCAUGGCACUAUGCUGACUGUGCUGAACGCCGGCCGGAGGUACCUGGGCUCUGACGACUUGAGUGGGCGUGUCUUUGUGACCUCUGGCCUGGGGGGGAUGAGUGGAGCUCAGGCUAAAGCUGCCGUCAUCGCCGGCUGCAUUGGCGUGAUCGCAGAGGUGGAUGAGGCUCCUCUUAGAAAAAGACAUGAGCAGGGCUGGUUGAUGGAGGUCACCAGCAGCCUGGAGCACUGCAUUCAACGAAUCAGAGACUCCAAGAGGUCCAAGGUGCCCCUCAGUCUGGGUUACCAUGGCAACAUCGUAGACUUGUGGGAGAGACUGCUGCUGGAGUACGAGAGGACGGGGGAGCUGCUGGUCGAUCUGGGUUCAGACCAGACCUCCCUUCACAACCCGUUCAACGGAGGCUACUAUCCUGUCCAGCUCAGCUUCCGUCAGGCAAACCAACUCAUGUCAACUGAUCCUCAGCGUUUCCGAACCAUGGUCCAAGAAAGCCUCAAGAGACAAAUAAAGGCCAUCAAUAAGCUCUCUGAUGCUGGCAUGUUCUUCUGGGACUACGGCAACGCUUUUCUCCUGGAGGCAAAAAGAGCUGGGGCAGAGGUAGAAAAGGUUGGAGGUGGAGCGACAGAGUUUAUUUACCCUUCUUAUGUUCAGCACAUUAUGGGAGACAUCUUCUCUUUGGGCUUUGGCCCGUUUCGCUGGGUGUGCACAUCUGGCGACGCCCAGGAUCUCGCUGUAACAGAUGACAUCGCUGCUACUGUCUUGGAGGAAAUUGGAGCGAUUGUGACUGAUCAAAUCAGGCAGCAGUACAACGACAACAUCCGCUGGAUCAGAGAAGCUGGCAAACACAAAAUGGUUGUGGGUUCACAAGCCAGAAUCCUCUACUCUGACCAGAGAGGAAGAGUCUCGAUUGCUUUAGCGAUCAACCAGGCUAUCGCUGAUGGAAGAGUUUCAGCUCCUGUGGUUAUUAGCAGAGACCAUCAUGAUGUCAGUGGCACAGACAGCCCCUUCAGAGAGACCUCUAACGUUUAUGACGGAUCUGCCUUCUGUGCAGACAUGGCGGUCCAGAACUUUGUUGGUGAUGCAUUCAGAGGUGCCACAUGGGUCGCACUGCACAACGGUGGCGGUGUUGGCUGGGGUGAAGUAAUGAAUGGAGGCUUUGGCUUGCUGCUGGACGGCUCUGAGGAGGCUGCAAAGCGUGCCAGUCUGAUGCUGAACUGGGAUGUCUCCAAUGGGGUGGCUCGUCGCUGCUGGUCUGGAAACUCCAAUGCCUACGAAACCAUCCAACGCACCAUGGAGGAGAACAGGCAGCUGCGUGUCACCAUGCCCUGUCCUGUACAGGAUGAGCACGUGCUGGACCGUGCCCUGCAGGGCUAGCCAACACUUCAGCAUGGGUUACCAGUCAUCGGCAGCCACACAGCUGUAAUCACAUCAUCACAUGUGUUCAUGUGUUUGAAUCAGGCUUUUUCUCAUACUGCAGAAGUUACCCACAAAAACAGCUCAAUUCAUUUAUAACCUGCUAAAUAUUUUGCCAGUCCAAAAGUAGUUAAUAAAGCAUUGACAAUGUUACACAAGUAAUUGGCUGUGAAUACAGAUAAUGUCAACCAGGCUACAAUAUUGUGCUAGGCUGUUUUAGUCAUUUAAUAUAUAAGGAUUUAUUAUUUUGUGCUGAUAAUUAAACUGCAAGUCUGUCUAAAUUAUAA